ACAGGAAACGAUAAAAAUCCUACGGUUUUCGUCGGAAGGACGAAGUCGGUGUUAACCAGCAAGAUUACCGGCCGCGGCGGUUGCGCCAAAUAUUGUGGUACAGCUCCUUCACCCGGCAACAUUUCAUUCUCCAGCUUUCGACAGUCUUUCACUUCCAAUGUUAACUACCUGAAACGGAGCUUGUCUUCCAGGUUCUCGUCAGGGGAUUUGAGCUCGGAGCUCGACGAUGAACCAAGCACAGACUCCGGGCUGGCCUCCAUGGCCAGGGAUUCGUCCCAAUCGUAUCAAGGGGGAACCGAUCGGCCUCUCCAAUCUCAGCCAACCCCAGUACCAGCUAGCCAGACACCGGUACCUGGAGCACCUCCUCCAGGUGCCACUACUCAGCAGGCUGGAGGUGAUCUGAGUCUGAACCUGAGGCCUGGAUCGAGAACCACCAGUGCACCCUCCUCGCCAGCCAAGACCCGAGAGAGUUUGCUACAGAGGGUGCAGAGUUUGACCGGGGCUGCUCGCGACCAGGGUGCAUCCAUCUUGGGAGCGGCAGUGUCCGGCGCAACGAGGGGGCCGUCUUACAACAAAGACCGAUGUUUUACCUUGCUAGUAAUCGAUGACCAGAACACCGACUGGAGCAAGUACUUCCGGGGUCGUAGACUCCACGGCGAUUACGAGAUUCGGGUCGAACAGGCGGAAUUUCGGGAAUUGUCGUUGACGGCCAGCGAGGCUGGCACUAUUGUGUCCAUGGCAGUUUAUCGUAACGGGACCAAAGUCAUCCGAUCCUUCAAGCCUGAUUUCGUCCUGAUACGACAGAACCUUAGGGACGCGGGAGAAGAUUAUAAAAAUCUUCUUCUCGGUUUGAUGUACGGUGGUAUACCAAGCGUUAACAAUCUCACGGCAAUUUACAACUUUCAGGAUAAACCUUGGGUGUUUGCGCAUUUGCUCGGUCUCCAGCGUCGUCUUGGAAAAGACAAUUUCCCGUUGAUCGAACAGACUUUCUAUCCCAAUCAUCGUGAAAUGGUAAGCGCAUCUCGUUAUCCGGUUGUGGUGAAACUCGGACACGCCCACGGUGGAGUUGGAAAAGCUCGUGCCGAGACGAAUCAAGAGUUUCUAGAUCUCGCCUCGCUGGCUGCUUUGGCGAACGUUUACUGCACGUCGGAACCGUACAUCGACACCAAGUACGACGUGCACGUGCAGAAAAUAGGCAAUAACUACAAGGCGUUCAUGCGGAAGAGCAUAAGCGGAAAUUGGAAGUCGAACACGGGUUCGGCGAUGUUGGAGCAAUUAGCAGUGAGCGAAAGACACCGAACUUGGGUCGAUCAUGUGGCCCAAUUGUUCGGGGGAUUGGACAUAUGCGCCAUCGAGCUGUUGGUCGGAAAGGAUGGUCGGGAAUACAUAAUCGAGGUGAACGACAGCGCGUUGUCGUUAAUGGGCGAUUCGCAAGAGGAGGAUCGUCGUCACAUUGCGGAUCUUGUUACCGCGAAGAUGCAGGCAUGCUGCCGACCUCCAAGCAUGCUGACGAAAACAGCGUCCAGAGGGUCAAUGUCUGGCUCCAGUCAAGCGACGAGCCCUGUUGAAGAUCGCACUGCACCACCAACCGCACCACUGGGAUCUCACGGAAGUAUGGGUUCCAUGGCGAGCAUAGGAAGCUUAGGGUCCGUGGGGUCCACCACUGCGUUGGCUGGCGACACGACCACUUCCGAUAGUCAUCAUCAACUGCAGCGUCGUGAUUCGCUAGCAUCACAAUCGAGUACAGUGAGCAGUGCUCCUUCGGUCGGUAGACGUCCAGAGGAAGUUCCAACAUCGAGAGUACCUUUCCACAGACAGGGCAGUCAAUCUCAAAGCGAAGAUACCGAGGAUACGAUGAAAAAUCUGCGGAAAACGUUUGCUGGUAUCUUCGGUGACAUGUAAAUUUACUGAACGGAUGUACUGGAGCUAAGGAAGUCAUAGUUGCUGCAAUUUAAGUUAGACGAAAGAAAGAAGGUAUUUAAGGUGAAAAUGAGUUGAUUUAAACUCUUCCAUUCAAGAUCAUUCCUUUUACACGUAAUUUACGAUUAACUUCCGAGAAGUUUACGGAUAGUUUUACGUUUGAGUGUAAAACUUUAUUGAACACACUCGGCACGUAAUGUAAUUUAAUAAACGUUAGGAUUUAUUGGGGUGCAAGCGUGACACCGAUAUAUUUGCAGAUUAUCGAGGGUAAUUAAAUGACACUCGCAUCGAGCGCGAUAUAAAGAUGUACAUUUUGCUAACGGUCCACGGCGAUGUGUAAAAACAUAAACAUAACUCGUUAAAGUUUUGCAUUCGUUGAAAAUAAUUUUAUCUUCAACUCGGCUCUUUUUGCGAUUGCAUUGUAUUAAAUUAAGAAGGAUGUAAAGUUUGUUCUUAUCAGCUAUCGCAUAAUUUCGUUUCAAUCCUUUACUAGGUCGAGGUCGGGUGCUUAGUAAGUCAGUAAAUGUGUGUAUUUUUCGAUAAUGGGAGGGUGAACGAAAAUUAAGGGGGAUUUAAAAGAGUGCCGUGGUCGUUUAUGUAUAUUAAAGAAUGAAAAAUAAAAAAAAGAGUAAUGUAGAUUCUAUGUAUUCGAUGUAUUCAGCAUUUAAAUAGCGGCUAGAAGUAUUCUCAGGUUAAUACGAGUAAAUCAUAGUUUUCCAUGCGUGUCCGGUUAUGUUGGCUUACCAUCGACGUAUCCGUUCUGCAUACUCGUCUGUCUCGUUUUACGGGAACCGUUGCCACUUGGUUUUUCGAUUCCAACAGGAAACAGUACCAUAGAGGCCCCUGUCAUCUCCUCAUCCGACUUUACUUCAGGCGUCUACUUUUUAGGCUUAACUUUCGAUUAUUAAAAUAGACAUUUGUCUAACAAGAAGGAAAGGAAUGAAGAAGAAGAAGAAGAGAUGAGAUAAAAAAAAAAAAAAGAAAGGAAGAAAGAAAGGUUGGAUUAUAAAUUUGAAUGGAUGACGAAAGAUUUACAGUGAAAUAUUUGUAAAAUUGUUAAAAAGUAUUUAUAAGCCGACGUCAUUCAACGAUGAUUGAGGAAACCAAAAAAGAGGAGAUUCGGGCAUUAUACUUGAACAUUUGGCUAGAGAAGGCUACGUAGAUCGGUUGCUGGUCGAUCGAAUCACUUUCGGCCAGUUUCUAAGAACAAGAUCUACGUGUCUGUAUCUUAAGCGCACAAAUAGUCAUUAAGAUUUCGAGAACGGACAGUAGGUUGACAUCGUGCUUGCGAGUAAGGCAAACACGUUUGGACGAAACGGCGAGAAAAUUCUUCAGUGAUUCGUCGGUUCAUAUUCAUGUAACUACACUUUUCGGCUAAGGAAAAUUCAUCGACCGACGAUCGUUCGAUUUGGUUCAGUCAAAAUUGGUCGCUUCGGAUAGAACGAGCAGCUCGAUGUUGAAAACUGUCCUGCAUUCUGAUAACGAAUUGCUUCUAUUUUCUUCGUAAUUUUCGUCGGCGAUGUCUCGAAAAUUCGCGGGGAAAAAGAGACGUUCGUUGCUCCGUAGAGUUUAAGAACAAUACCGAAUGAAAUCAAAAUGUUUAUAAACGGGUUCGUGAACUAGGAACGGGAAGCGAAAGAUGAAGCGACCGCUAAGUGUCGCGGGAAUGAAGAAACCACGGGCAUUCUCUGCUUGCGAUUAUUCGAUCGAGUGAAAUUUCAAAUAUUCUGAGAAUAAAUCAUUGAUAAUCUGCAAAUAUAGUCGCGUUCGUCUGCUUGACACUGAUUUACAAAAAGCUUCUUUGACUCGGUACCGACUGGAUAGAAGGGAAAUCGAUAAGUGACGAAGAAAGGAAGAAAUAACAUAACUUCUUUAUCCAAUGAUCUCAAUUUAUCUUAGCUUAAGGGCUGAUAAACGUAUUACGACGAAGACAGACCUCGUGGUGUCAGCUUUGAAAGGAACAAAAUAGAAUUGUAAUUCCUUCCAACAUUUAGUUACUCCUUAAUUUCGUAUUUCGAUAUACUUUCAUUCCGAUAGAAGUUACAAACUUCAUUUCAAUUAAUUUAGUUUAUUCCAUGAGUACGAUAAGACACGCGUAGGAUUGCGAAAGGAAAGUAUUGCCUCUUCUUGCUUUCGAUUCGACUUAAUCAAAGUUAUUCCAAUCGGUGUUGACAUUUAGGAAUACAAUUGUAAGCAAAGAUGUGAACUUAAUCCAUCCUGUACUGCACAAUUAAUAAUCGGUCAAUAUUUCACAAGUGUCUAGCUUUAGUUAGAAGGGUUAGUUACUCGUUAGAAGAGCAAGGUUACAAAUUCGUUUCCCAAUGUAAUAGACGUACGACGAUUUGGUUUUCGAUGUGCCUUGAUACUUAAGUGUCCUUCUUGUCACGUUUCUCACUGAAUUCAAAACGCACGGAAUAACGAUCGCGUUUUUUAAAAAUCCACACACCGUCACCGUGCACUUAACCGUAAGAUCAGUUGUUUGUACUUUUUAUAUAUACAUAAUAUCGAAAACACGUGCACGCCAUAUCGCACGAUCAUCGUAACGAGCUGUUUCUUCUUCAUCGCAUAUUCUCGGCAUCGUGGAUAAACGCAGAUACACCGUCCAAAUACGGAGAUCGAACAGUCAUUAAACUUGCGUUCCCGAACAAAACCGAGCGUUCGAUUCGAUUCGCAUCGUUCGAUCACAUUCACGGUAGCACGGCAUCGCGAUAUUAAUUAAACGUUUAGUCGCUUCAGCAUUAGUUUACCUUGAAAUGUGCACUGGACAGACGCGGGGGUCUUUCUUUGGCUUGAAAAUUUCAUUCAGAUCAAUUGUCCACGCGACAGGCAAUGAUUCGUAGGAAGGAUAGAGCGUGAAUCGCGAGAAUAGAUCAGAAGCUUCGGAGUUAGCGUAUCAAAGCUGUCUAAUUUCACAAUUUUCCAAUUAACGGAUCAGGACGAACGUGAGAUUAGAAUGUUCAGAGUAGAGUCAUCGAAACGGUGUUGCAAUGAAACGACGAGAUAAAUUCUCGUACGUAGAUCACGGACAAUCUUAACAGCUGGAGUCGAUCGAUCAAGUACAAAGCUUUCUGCAAUUAGAAGCUGAAGAGACACGCUUUCGGAGCUGACGCCACGACGCGGAGAAACGAAACGAAAGCUCGAUAGACUGGUUAUGAACAGCGUGUUCGAUUCGUACUGUUUACGUAGACGCGGUUAAAGAUAACGAAUAUCUCAGGGGUGCAAGUUUACGCACUAGCUAGGAUAGAAACAUAGAAGAGGCAGCUGGGUACAUACAAGUGUUGCAGUCUAGACGAAUCAACGGCAUUGACUUCGAUCACUGUGACGGCAAUUAGCGACACGCUUCGUCGGAAAUAUCUUAGCGAUUAUCCAUUUAAAGGGCAAAUUUGGAAUCGUAUUAACACAUUCACUGCCAUGGGAGUCCAUCAUUCGUAUAAUUCAGGCUGGCAGUCGAUGUGUUAAGGAAAACGAUCAUCCGUUUAACGUCUGUUACUAACGAGAGUUGACAAAUAUAUCAAUGAUUCCUUUGACGGUAAUAUUCUACCGACAAGCGUUUCAUUUAGACAAUUACCGUAAAUGAUUACGACUGCACUUACACGCACCUAAUAGUAUUCAUAAAGAAAACGUAAAGCUGGGGUCGAUGCAAUUUUCAUAAAUAAUCACAAAUAAUUGUUAACGUUAGUCAUUUUGUGACGUACAUUAUAGAAACUCCCACAAGUUAUUUUCGAAGCAAUCUCGAAAAAUGUUCAGUUCGACCCGAUACUUUCUAAGAAGUAAACUUCUAGAUUGUUGCAUUCGUAGGAAUUUAUUUUCGCAAUAAUUAUGUACGUUCUAAGUAUGGUGUACGGAUGAUCGUACGAAUCAGACAUCGAUCAAACGGACAUUAUCCUUGAUCAACGACUUUUAACAUAUUCGUUCUAGUGCCCGUGUGAUGUAGUGAGCAGCCAUUGUUAAACAUACAUGUUCGUUAAUUUCAAUGUACACUAGUGAACCAUGAUUUGUAGAUAGCCACGUGCUAGCAAUACCAAACUAGGCUAAUGGAUUCUCUAAAAAAAGAUUCGCACCGUCUCGCGUCUGGUUUUUUCACGGUGUUUUUCCCGAAUCAAUCUUCUUCGUUGUCUGCUAUCAUUUUCCCUGUUGCCGGAAGUAGUGCUACGGUUAAGAUAAUCUAUUUAGAAUCCUUGCGUCACUCGAUACCGUUGUUGGCUAAGAUUUAACCUUCCGUAGAUACUUUAAGGUCGUGGAACUAUGCUUAGAUGCCUUGGAUAACGACAUCGCGUGUGUGCGUUUCGAUAAAAGAGAAAAGGAAUUAAAAAAAAAAAAAAAGUGGGAAGAGAGGAAACGAGAAGGAUUGAUGGGGCUGAUAACGCUGCAAUAGGGUACUUUCGUGUUACCAUCGUGAUUUUUCGUCGUUUUUCUCGCGAUACUUGAUUGGGCUCAUUGGAGAAUCGCGAGAUAAGCUACGAAAUAAAUUUAAUAGCCUAGAGUAUAUAGGGAUAUGUUAAGUGAAGAAGAUCCUAAUAAUCUCGCCGAGAAUAUCGGGCGUUCGUUGAUGAAUAUCGUUAGACGAAUCAUUAACGUGAUUAUCCAACUAACGAUCUUAAUUUAUGUCACUUGCUGUCAAUUUUUAAUAAUUCAGAAUAUUACCCCUUCAUUUUUCAGUUUAAACUUUUCACUAAUUACCUCAUUACAUAUGAGAAAUUUUUAAAAAUUUAUUUUAGAAUCCUCCACUAUUUAUUAUUCCUUGGUAAAUAUAUCAAAUUGUGCGAAAUCACUACAACGAAUAUGGAAUGGAUGAAUUGUAAAUCGAAUAUUUCCGCACGAUUAAAAGAAUCGUAUUUAUUUGGAUACAUCACGUCUUAUGUCUCGAUAGUACGAACGCUCCUAUGAUUAUAAUUAUUCAGUGUCUCUGUAUAACGAACCCUAAGAUAACAAUAAUACUAACAAUAACAGCAAUUAUUAAGGCGAAAUUAUUAUCAUAGUUAAGCUAGCGAGUAUGUUAGACCCUGUAUGUAACCUGUAUGUUAUCUCCUUGAUUUCAAAAUGAGUGCUAGUCACAUGUACUAUAAUCACUUGACUCUCGUACUCUCAAAUAACACGACUAUAUAACGACGAUAAUGCAUAAACGUAUAUUAUAAAGUAUGAUACGAGCCAUGGGCAACAUUAUUGUUCGAUGGAUAUAACGACGUUGUAAGGUGUAAGGAAGAUUUCAGGUCUAAUUAAUUGUAAAUCGAUCGGAAUGCUAUAUAAAUCGAGGAGAAAAAGAAACAGCGAAUAUAAUUAAACGGGGUAACGUCCACCUGGUGUCUCUGAUUGUUGAUCGUCUUCUUUAGGUUCAGUUUAUAUUAGGUGAUUUUAUCAAAUCAGAAAUGUAUGUUUAAUUAAGAAAUCGGAGAAGAGUAUUUUAGAUGGCUUUGAGGUGGUAAUUUCUAUACUCGUUAAUUUUAUGUUAAACUUUUUCGUAUUUUCCAGAGAAAUAACCCUGAUAUAAUUAUAUUUAUUUCAGUUGGCCAACUAAAAAUUAUUUAAUAUAAACGCCGUUUGACGAUUUACAAAUAGAGUCACCUGCAAGACGAUCCUCAGUUUACGCCGAUAUUCGAUAUCAAUUGUAACGACAAUAUAAGGUAAUAACGGGGGGGAUAUCAUUCCUCUCGAAGGAGACAUGUGUGAGAGAGUAGCGUUAGUAUUAAAUCUCGAUGUUGUUCUCUUUCGCGACGCGCGUAUCCCUGAUGCGUCGCGAAAUCACUUAGACCUUUCCCUUUGGAUCCAUUCGCGAUCGAACGUUCGAACGUUGUUUCCACGAAGGACGAGAUUCGAGUUCGAUCGCGCGAUUCGAUCGGACGUUGCAUCGUCGAUCGCGUUUUCUCUGUUUUCUUUUUCUUUUCCUCCGCACCCAUAAUCAAGACUCCUCGAAAACACAUAAGUUAUGGUUUCGAGCGUUUUGAUUAUAGGAUAUCGAGUGAACAACAACGAAUGAUCGCGAUCGAGGGACGACGAUCGUCGCCGCGACGUCCAUCGUAUUUCUCAAUCGAAUCGACUGCAACUAAUCACCGAUCCCACGAUCGUACGACCAUUUAUUACCGUUCUAUCUAGCCACUAUGUUAAACACGAAGGAAGAAAAGGGAGGGUUGUUAAGCGAUUGCGUAAAAUGCGAGUUCUAUCUGUCAUCGUUUUAGCUGUUAAGGAUUCAUUCAUCACCGAAAUAUAAAUGGGGGUAGCUCUAAACUAUGUUAAGCGCAGCACAUUGAGAAUUCGAGAGACAAACAAGAAGAUAUGUAGUACAAUGUAUAGGAUUGUGUAUAGAUAGGAGAGAGGACAUGUGUAAAGAGAUAGUUGGGUGCACGUCGAGUGCUCGUUAUCGAUCGUUCAAUGAUAGAAAACAAUAUCCAUCCAAAAUUAUUCAGGACGUACGUAAUCAAUUGUCGAUUCUUUUUUGAUCGUAUCGAUUAGGUGUGGAAAAGUGAGGCCAAUAGAUAACGAGCACGAAAUUUCAUGGAGCAUCAAAGAGGUCUUCCCGAUGAUAUAAAAAAGGAUCAACUACACUUGAUGCCCUGUGAUCAUUUCAUGGCCUUAAUUAAAUUUUCAUCAGGAGUCAAGUAUCUUUGUCGUCGCUCGACGGGACUGGUUAUUAAUCGCAGCGAUGAUUUAAAACGUUCGCAGACGACAAACAGAACGCGAGAGGUACGAUCAAUCUCCCGUUGAUUCGCUGUUAACACGAGUUAGGAACGCGAGAUAUUCGACGAGGAAUGGAUUCGUUCUUUCGCACAGUUUUCCACGCGACGUCAUUCAGAGCAUUUUGAUACGUGGCGUGAUGUGGAAAAUCUCUGAGCGAAGGAUGCGCUGAUCGAUCGAAAAAAGUAAUCCACCUAAGCGAUGAUUUUUCGGAGGGUUUGAUUAAAUGGUUUGAACACGAAGAAUCGAUGGUGACACGCUACAUUGAUUAAUCGUCGCGUUUUUAUGGAAUUCAUUAUAGGUAUCGGAUUUUUUGUUGUUGCGUGAGAUGUUCGACGUGGCCCUUGAACAGACAGCACGGACAUACGUUACAGAAUUUCGAAUAGAAUCGUGUAUCAUCCUCUCAUCGGACAAAUAUUACCAUAUUUGACUGUGAAACGUGCGGAACGUUUUGGAGGUCGUUAUGGUUGUUAAUACAUUGAAAUAUUAAGAACUCUUAUGACGAAUUGAGCUGUCUCAUUGUGUUAUGUACACACAUUUAUAAAUAUAUAAAUAUAUAUAUAUAUACAUGUUGAAGUUACAAUUAUCAGUAAAUAAUGUUCAUACUAAGCAGCGUAAUCGACGAAUGGCAUGCACUCAAGAUUAUAAUAAAAAUGUUAUGAUACUUCCGAAGUCGAGUUGCGCAGAGUUGUUUCAGAACUUGACGAUAAAUCCUAGUAAAUCUGUAAACGAAGACAAAGGUAGUGAACGUAAAAAAAAAAACUAAAAAACAAUAAUUCCAGUAAUCGUAAUAUAAAAGGCACACUUUUAAUCCUUACUAGCGUCGGGACACCGUGUAACCCAGGGUGGCCCGUGUAGGGUCUGUUGAAAAAUACGAAGCGGUACGUAAGCUAAAAUGUAAUAAUAAAACAAAAAAUAUAUAUAUACACGUAAAGUAUUAUA